UUUAAAAAUGUAUUGUCUGUUUUGCUCGAAUCGUUACUUGUUUCGGCAACUCAGCAGCAAAAAUGUGUCUUGAGUAAUAAAGGAAUCUACCGGAAAUUUUCUAUUUGGGACACUGUGUCAAACAUAUCAUGGGUGCUUGUGAAUUCCGAACCAUUGAUGGAAUUUGAAGGACCAACGUUGCGCAAAAUUAUCGACAUUGGAGGGAUCGGAGUACAUGAGCCAAAACCGUUGGACGAAGAAUGGAAUCGAAUUCUCAAUCUUAGAAAACAAACAAUUCUAAUUUCGUUCGGUACAGUAGCGCAGAGCAAGUUCAUGCCCGAGUCAAUGAAGAAGGCCAUCAUCAACGUCGUCAAUUUCCCGAACAUCACUUUUAUUUGGAAGUAUGAAGAACCGAACGAUGCCAUGUUCAAGGGGAUAGACAAUCUAAUCGCUUCAGAAUGGACACCACAAAGCUGCUUACUAGCCGAUAAACGUCUAACACUCUUCAUAACUCACGGCGGUGCUGGAAGUAUGAUGGAGAGUGCACUUCGAGCCAAGCCACUUAUUGUCGUUCCUUUAUUUGGUGAUCAGACGCGGAAUGCAAAGCUCAUGGAGAAGUUUGGUUUUGGUGAGGUGUAUGGGCAUACACACUUGGACAAGGUGAGAAAUUUCAGAUAUCAAACAGCUGCUACUCGAAUGAGCCGGCUGUUGGCACGGCGGCCAUUCAGUCCUGGAGAGAAACUGGUGAAAACCGUCGAACUUGCUGCCGAGUUUGGAAAUCUACCAGAACUGAGAGCCGCUGGCAGAAAUCUUGGAUACAUCGCGUAUUACAAUCUCGAUUUGCUUUUAAUAAUAGCAGCGUUCUCCGUCAUUUUCACAGUUUUUUUACUUUGUAUUAUACAUCGGGUUUUUGUGCGUUUCUUUAUAACAGUAAAAGUAAAAGUUCAAUGA